AUGUCUGAGCCAGUUGAAGUGACUGAGUCAGCAGUUUCAUAUCCUGAUUCAACCCAUAAAUGGCCAACUCCAUUCGUUAACUUAGCCAAUGCCAGUGCUUAUCCUCCUUGGAAACCAAUAGAUACAAAGAAAGAAACUCUUCAAAUAUUUAAAUUUGGUUUCUAUUCCACGGUUGGUGCUUAUGCUUGGUUAUAUUUAUGGAAAAGAACCACCUUCAAAAUCGAAUUACCUUUAACGGUAGUGGGUUUUUUCACUGUUACAACUGCUGCAAGAGGUAUAGUUACAAAUUUAAGAGAAACCAAUGAUGGUUGGAAUACUUUCUGGGCUAUUGGUGCAGGUAACUUGGCUUGUUUAACCGUUGGUUUCAAAUCAAUGCCACCUAAACAUAAGAUUCUAUCUGGUUUCGGUGGAGCUGCUUUAGCUGCUUUACUUGAUCAUGCUCGUUGGGCUCAAUCUCCAAGUUCUGCAGGUCAAGAUUUUAAAUUCUUAGAAGCUAAUACUGAUACUGAAGUUGAAAAACAACAAUUUUGGGAUGUUUGGAAGAGAAGACCUUUGUCACAAACUGUGGAAAGUUUAGGAGUUGGUCGUGGUAUCUUUAAACCAUGA